UGUGGCAUGGGAAGAUGGCUUCUCCAAGUGAAAGUGCAUCCGAAAUCUCAGAAAGACAAAGUCCACAGGGAGUUGCUUACUCAAGUUUGACACAUUUUGUCAAUAAAGAUGGACAGCACAUCUACACUAAAUACUGGGAGCCAUCAGAAGGAACCCAGAUAAGGGCCAUGCUGCACAUUGUGCAUGGCAUGGGCGAACAUUGUGAGAGAUAUGCCAAGGUUGCCAAAGAGUGUACAGACAAUGGAAUCCUUGUGUUUGCUCACGAUCACAUCGGUCAUGGGCAGAGUGAAGGACCCAGAGCAGAUGUCAAGGACUUCCAAUACUUUGUCCGAGAUUGUAAUCAACACAUUGACCUAAUGAGAGAUAAACACAAAGAUGUUCCUUUGUUUAUGAUGGGACACUCAAUGGGUGGAACUAUUGGCAUAUUGCUGGCAUAUGAGAGACCAUCUUUGUUUACCAAUACUGGUGUAAUCUUAAUGUCUCCUGCUAUCAAGACUAACCCACAAGUGGUGACCCCAUUUAAGCUCUUUAUGGCCAAGGCUCUAGCAGGACUCUUCCCUGGGGCAGCUAUGGGGAAACUGGAGGCACACAUGAUGAGCAGGGACCCUGAAGUAGUCAAGGAUUACGAUGAGGAUCCCCUGGUCUAUCAUGGGGCAGUCAAGGCUCGCUUUGGAACGCAGACGAUUGCGGCGAUGGGACGUGUGGAGGCAGGACUGGCCGACGCUAAGUGGCCUUUCUUGCUACAGCACGGUGACAAAGACGUCCUUGCUGAAAUAUCAGGGUCAAAGCUUAUGUACGAGAAGGCUCCAAGUAACGACAAAAAAUUCACUGUCUAUGAAGGUCACUACCAUGAACUGGACAAGGAGCCUGGAGGUGAUGGGCAGAAAGUCAUCAAGGAAUUAGUAGACUGGAUCCUUGAAAGACUGCCAGCAUGAAACAACUCAUCAUAAGAUAGGUACCAGGUGGCUUGUCAACUAAUGGUAAACUGGUAAAGUGACUAACCUUGGCAUUGACCAUGUGAUUUACUUCAUUGAAAUGGCCGGUAGUAUGUGGAGAAGACCAAAAUUAUUUAGUCAAAUUGUACAAAGGACCAUAUUAUGCAUUUAAAUCAUGCAAUUAUUAACAUGUGGUGAUGGGAAAGGACACUUAUUAGGGACUGUCCACCGCAUAUAGUCCCUUGACAAAUGUAAAACUUGGAAACCCGCUUAAACACUCAGGGAUCUGUAAAUUAUAUAUUUGGUUUGCGGUAACACCAUGUAUAUAUCUUCAUGCCAGGAGAGUUUGUUCUUAAUAGAACUGUCUUGCUAUAUAUUCUACUACCGCAAAGUAGAUUUAUCGGAUUGUUCAGAAGACUUCCUGUUCUGAA